UCUACAUUGCCAGCAUACCAAUCUUCGGGUCUAAUUUUCUAUUAGAUACAGCACGUUUGCGACUUUGGUUUCCUUUCCCUCGUUCUACUACUUGGAAUGUCCAUUUCCGGCUCUCCUGAACUGGACGAUGGCGACGAAGACGCUUAUCACCGCCUAGUGUCCAUGGAUGAUUACAUCACUAAUGAAAUGGAACAGCCUUGGACAGAUGCGGAGGUUCAACGAGUUCGUGACAAACUGUAUAACAACUACAGACGAGAUGCAGAAAAAAUAUACGAAUGCGUUCUUGGAAAGUUGGAAAGCAGAGAGACCCACAUGUUCUCUCGUAUGAACCUUCUCUUCAUUCUCGACAAACUCUGCACCGAGAGCGCAAACCAAAAAUCGCACGACUUUUAUGCAAUAUGGAAAGGGAUGAAGAACAAUCUUGUCAAGGUUGUUAAUUUGGUGUUGGAGAUAGGAGAGGAUGAUCCACCUAGCCGAUCGGCGAAUGCAAAUGUUGUUUGGGCCAAGAAAAUUUUAAUGGGAUGGCAUCGCCGUGGGUUGUUCCCUGACGAGGAUAUCACAUUGUGCGAGAAACGGAUAGAUCAAGCGGAGGCUCUGGACGAACCUGCAUUUGAGGAUGCGGUUCGUUACGAGGAAGAGAAAAUUGAUCGACGAAUGGAUGCUGAUAGAGAAAGGCAAAAGAAAGAUCGAGAAGACACUCUCCUCCAGAAUGCCUUGGAACCCUGGGCAAAAGUUUCUGAUGACUGGUUCAUCAAUCUCCCAGAUGACCAAGCCCUCGACGUCUCCGAGUUUUGGAUCACAGCCUCCGAAGAAAUCACAGAAGACGACUAUGAGAUGAUGGAAAUCGAAAAUGAAAAGUUCCGAAUAUCUGCCAUGGAGCUACUACAGCGGGCGCAAGGCUAUACAUCGACAUCUCCCUCAGUGGACGCCACAUCCCCAGCGCAAGGCCAUAGCUCGUCAUCGCACCAGUCAGUUCCACCCCCGCCUCCACCGACAUCUCACUCAUAUGGAUAUUAUGAGAAACCGGUCCCACUUUCACGAGGUAAUUCACCGCCUCCGCCACCUCCUCCGUCUAUGGGAUACCGCAGUGGACAUGACAGAUAUGGGUAUUCGCGAGGAUCGUAUGUGCCUCCCCCACCACCAGUACCAAGUUCGACGAGAAGCUAUCGGGCACCAUAGAAAAGAACGGAUGCGGUUGGGUGUGUUGCCUGUUUGGCAAGUAGAAGACAGCGACGAAAAAACCACGUUGCGCUGGACGAGAGCAAAGGACUGUAAAUAGGAAUUAAAACGCAGCUAUUGCUAGAUGAUGUAAAUAUGAGAAUGGAUCUGCCACCACCCUG